UACAAUUUAAAAUGUUUUUGCUUUGAAGUAAUCUCAAAUUUAUAAGUAAGUUUCAGAAAAAUUACACACGGCUCCCAUAUAUGCUCUGCCCAGAUUCCCCAAUUAUUAACAUUUCUGAAAGAAUAGGUUACAGACAUGAUGUUCCAUUAGCCUUUAAUACAAAAGUGAGUAUUUCCUAAUUACAAGUUCCCUUGCCUACAUCCCUACAUCAGCACAGCACAACCAUCCAAACCAGGAAAUUAGCUUUGAUCUCUUAUUACCCACAAAUGAAAUUUUAAGAUAACAUAUAAAACAUCUAUGCACAUGGCUAUUCUAAAAAUACUAGUUAAGUGAAAGAAGGAGGCUUCAGAGAAGGUUCAUGUUUGCUGGGCAAGACUUGAGGUAUUUUAAUGAAUUCUCCUUUGCCAUUACUAGCUCUUCAGGGAAAAGUCUGAGACACAUUGCUCUGUGUCUAGUUGACCAUAAAAACUCAGCCGUGCAUGCACCAACUUUGAAGGUAAAGAAUAGUGACCCUUACCAAUGAUAAAAUGUUUUGGGAUGUCUCAGGCCCACCUGGAGGUCUGCCAAAUGUUUUCCUAUUGGCUCCAAAUAGCAGAUGGAAAGUGAAGACCUUUGUUCUUGCAGCAUGCCCUUAUUCAUGUCUCCAACAGCCAGUGGUAUGGCCCGAGGACAUACUUGACUAGUUUGUAACCAAGUCCUUGGGUUCUGUUUUGUUCUCAUCUCACUGACACAAUAUGAACAUUCAGGUGAAGGGGAUGUGGUCCAUGGGUGAGAGGCAGAAACGUAAACACACUGGGAUUACGGACACUAAACCCUCUUUUGAAUGAACAUGCUUUUCUCUCAAGUCUGGGAAUUUGCAGAUUGAUUUGCCAGACCACGGACAGUGAAUUUGACUUUGGAAAAUGUCUAAGACGCAUCUGGGAUAAUUAAUUAGAAUUCCAGUUUGGAAAUAUCACUGGACUGGUUCAAGAAGCCUGAGUACUUACUUAAACUAGCCAUGUGAUCUUGGACAAGAUGUUCAAGUCCUCUGGGUAUUAUUUUUCUCAUUUGCAAAAUGGGGAAGGCUGGACUAGAUGACCCCUGAGGUCAGUGGAUACCAUCUCUUGUAACAUUUUAAUUUUAUGAAUAUCUGCCGAAAGAGCCAAAAGCUUUAUAGACGUGUAGGUCUGUGUUGUGCUAGAUGCCACAGCCUGAGCAGGAGUUUGUACUAAUUUAUACCAAGUCAGUUUAUGCUUUAAAUGUGUAAGCUCAACUAAGUUUCUAUGUGAAGACCACUGAAAGCGACAGCUAUGAUGUUUUCCCACUGCAAGCAGUCCAUUGGAAAGCAGGGAAGGACCAUGAGCCAUGGGCCCUGGUGGCAAUUUUGAGAGAUGGAAGACAAAGUAGGAAAGGGAGCUCAAUCUGGGAGUGGGAAGGAUGUGGAGGUCCACGAUGGAGGCAAGGGCAUAGUAAGCUCACCUGAGGACGGACUUAGAUGUCAGGAGGGGAAGUUGGAAACGUCACCAGAGCCCUCUCGCCUUUAAUUGCUGUGAUACAUGAACCCUUUAGAGAGGACCUGGAGUAGAGGACACCCUCAAAAACUAGUGGCCCUAAAUCCUCUGCCUUCUUUUCACAUCUUUUGAUUCAUGGAGGGUAGAGCUGGGGGGAAAAAGCAACCCUUAACUAGUCUGAACAGAUAUACUCAAUUUAACGCCCCUCCCUUUCUCGCUCCAAUUGGAGCUUGCCCCCUACCCCCACCCCACUCCAAAUUACUUUACCUAGAGCGAUAAUGCAUAUUGUCCUUUUUGUCUGACCUUGAGCCUUACUUUAUCCACUCUUGGCUAGGGACUACUUUUGGCAAAGGGAGGCUAAGGAGGAGUUUGGCCUCUGUUUAAAUCCUUUGUUCUUCUGUCACGGAAGUCAGGCCUGUUCCAUCCAUCACAGGUUUGGUCACUUGACAUUUGACACCGCAGCGAUAAAUAUAAAUGAUAACACCUCUUGAACUUUUCCUAUAGGCCAGCCACUGUACUAAGUGCUUAAAAUAUAUUGUCACAAUUAAUCUACCUAAUACUCCUAUGAAGUAGGUUACCUUUAUAUAGAUGAGGAUUUUCCAUCAUAAUGUGUAUUUAUGUGUAGACAUCUUUCUUUAGUUCUGCUCUUGGGAACUAUGGGCUUCACAAUACUAUUAUGUUCCAUAGCCUAUUAGUGAUGUUUUCUCAUGCUCCUGUGGUGUCAUGGGUGCUCCCAGCCUGACUGCUUUGGAGUCCAGCACAGGCAAACGUCCUGGCAAGAGCUGUACCUGCUCUUCUUUCUACCUUCCAUGGUGGGAUAGGGGUCACAUAGCCAGGAAGAUGGAGCCAACCAAGAUUUACACCCAAUUUUAUCUGGCUCCAAACUGGCUCUGGCUCUGGUAAGGAGUAAGGGAGCACUGGCGGUGUCCGGGAGGGACAGAAAGAGAACAGAUGCCCAGCUCGGAAGGGAAGGUCUAACAAGGACAACAGCUGCUGCUUCCUCUGGCCUGCACUGAGAGGGGUGAGGGGAGCUGGCUGAGAGGAGGGCCGGGCCUGGACUGGCGCCCACCCUUCAGAGGCCAGCCUCUCUUGCUUCCGGAGUUCCACACAGCCUCUGGAUACCGAUGGAAAGCCCAUGAGAGUUUCCCUCCAAGCAGGAGCAGAUCCAAAUUCUGUUAUCCUAAUUUUGUUGCUCCUAGGAUAAAUAAAGCCUCAUGAGGGAAGCUGCAGCCUUGAGAAAAUAGGGAAGAGGAGGCAUGCUUUGAGGUGGGAACAACAGUAGACUUCCUCAAAACCAACACUUGAGUCAGCCAGGCUCAGGCAGCUCCUUGCAAGUCUCCCACUUGGUCUUGUUGGCCUAUAGACCCAGCCUGAAGGAUACAGAUGAGCAACCGGGCUGUGUGUGGGCUUCACAUUCACUUGUUUGGCUGUGUACACCUCCCAGAGGGUGGUCUUCCAAGCAGAGGCUUUUUAAACAGGAUUUCCAGGCUGAGUCUUCACAUGAACUAGCUCAGUGGAGGUGAUGGAGGUAAGAGUGGUAGGAGGUAAGGAACAGCAUCCUGGGUAAAGGAGGUGGCAUAAGCCAGGAUGAGGGGGUGGAGGGGGCACAAAUGGGGAAACAGUCAUGGAUGGCGAUGUAGUUGGAGACAUGGUAGGGGUCGGGUCAUGGGGAGUCUUCUGUCCUGUGAGGUGUAGAGCCUUACUGGAGUUGGACUGCAUGUGAUGUGGAGAGGGGAGAGCCUGUGCAGGGAAAGACACAGGGAUGGAAGGGACAGUUUCAAGAACAGUCUUAGAUGUUAGAGCUGCAUGACUAAUGGACUCAUGCUCAUAUUAAGGACUCACCAGGUGCCAGGCACUGGGCUAAAAUCUCUUGAUAUAUAUAAUAAUGAAUUCGAAUACUGCUAUGAUGUAUAAAAUAUUACCCGCAUUACUAGAUGAAGAAACUGCAACUUACAGUGUUUUUUUUUUUUUUUUUAAAGCAAACUUACAUUGGUGAUACACAGACUGUAAGUAGCAGAGCCAGGGUUCAGCCAGGAUUUCUGGUCUGUUUGACUCAAAAGCCUUACUCUUGGCCACCUUGCAGCCACUGCCUCCCCACAGGUGGAGUAAGGGAGGGGGAAGGAUCUAGGAUCACAGAUUUCUUGCAUAGGUAACUGAGGAAAUGAGAGACAGACAACAUGGGAAGAGAAGCAAAUUGUGGGGGGAAUGGGUUCAGUGUUGGACUCCAGUUAAUGCUGUCAGGAAGAGCAACAUCAGUAUCCCCAGUGCCUCUAGUACUCUGCACCACCCCUAGAAUACACAUUGGUCUUGGAACACUUGGGGGUCUUUGUUCGAAAUCUGAGCUCCAUUCUCCAGGACAAGGAUGGCAAGCUGUCCUAUGAUGAAACCCACCACCCAGACAACACCCUGCAGGGAGGCAAGGCGGAGAGACCUGUGGAAGUCAAGGGCUAUGGCUGGCAGGCUCUUUAGUUCUCAAGCAGCAGCAAGUGUUGACAAAGAGAGUUAGGACAAACUCCAGUAAGAAUCUGAUCCUCUGGGCUCAGGGGGCCCACACUUCCUCACGUUGAGGCUGUGCUGUCUAAUCCCACCUGAUAAGUUGGAAGCUUCAGGGUCAACAUGCAUAGGUUUCUGGGAGUGCUGAUAGGGCCUGAGGUUGUAGGUAAGAGAGUUGGCUAAUACUGUGAUUGAGACCAGUGUGGAGGUGAUGAUGGGGACUGCAGGGGUCCACAAUGAGGUCUCUGAUUCUCAAGCCAGCACUCUAGUGGGCGGCCCUUGUGUGCAUGAGUGGGAUGAGUGGCAGACCCUCUGUUCUCUGAGGGUCAGGAAUAAGCAGCACUUUGUUCCUCAGAAACAUGACAGUGCUUUCCUUUUCACCUUUCCACAGGAGCAUGGCCUACAGACCAGAGAAAACAUCAAAGAAAACCCAAGAACUUCGAGCCUUCUGGCAAGGAGCUGGAACUAAGUGUUCUGAUGACAGCAGAAAGGAGGAAACCAGACAGCAAUGUCUCUCUCCUCCCACCCAUGCAGCCCCCUCAGCACAGCGGCUCCUCAAACUCAGGGGCACUCCCUUCUCCCAGACUGGCCUUUGUCCAGAGAGCUCUCUAGUUCCUUCUCACCUUUGGGCUGCCUUUGGUCUCAGGCAAGAAGAAUUACUGCUCCUGCCCCGCUGGUCUUCCAGCUCCUGUCCUUUCUCCAGAGCAGUCAGAGAAUAGUAGUUCAGCCUGUUCCUUCUGUCCGCUUUGCAUUUUUUACCAGAAAGUUUGACCAGAGCCAGAGAUAAUCUGGAAGAGUUGCUCACCCAAGGACUGGUUGGACUUCUUAUUCUGUAAGUGUUACAGUUCACAGACUGGGUGAAGCUGAGGCCCCGGGGUGGACCAAAGGAGUUGGGGGAGUGGGUGAAGGUGACCGGUCAGCUGGGUGAACUUGGGUAAGUGUCUCCUCUCUCUAGGACCUGGUUUGGAGGAUCUCUGAAGUAGAUCCCAGCUGUUAGGUUAUAGGGGAAGGCACAUGGGGAAGGAUGGGGAAAUGCUGGAGGCUCUGGGAAGGGGCAGACAGCCACUCUAGUAUAUGUGCUGCCGAAGCGAGCAUGCAGACAGCCACUCUAGACCCACCUCUGCUUCUAACCACUUCACUCUACCAGCAGGAGGAAUGGCACCAUCUGUGGCUCGGCUUGUGUUUCUCCAGUUUGUUCUAGGACCAGCUCUGGUUGAAGGCAUCAAGGUGCAGAUCGCCAUCAGAAACUUCCGCCGAUUACACAUUGACUAUCCCCGGGUUAGCUACCCAAAGGGCUUCCACGGCUAUUGUAAUGGUCUCAUGGCCUAUGUGCGGGGCAGAAAGUGGAGUUGGUAUUGCCCCCAAAUUCAUUACAUGGUGCAUGCCCCCUGGAGAGAAAUCAAUAGGUUCUGCAAGUACAGUGACAGCUUCUGUGAGAAUUACAAUGAAUACUGCACACUUACAGAGGACGCCAUUCCCGUCACGAUCUGCUCUCUGGUCUCUAGACAACCGCCCACGAGCUGCCACUAUACUGAAACCCUAACCAACCAAAGGCUCUACCUGCUCUGUUCUGGGAAGAAUGAUGGUGAACCGAUAGGCAUCAUUGGCCUCUAUUAGGAAAGGAAGGUUUUCAUUCUGAACCACCCCCUACUGCCACCACACGCAAGCCUGACCCUACUCCCGAACUUCUGAUCCCUGGUAUAAGGCUUCCUUCCUGACUUCACAGACAGGCAGGAUCCCUCCCAAGAGACAAGGAAGGUAGGACAAAUGUUUGAGCUUCAGUCGCCAUGCAAAGUUAUACAGCCUUGUAGCCUCUUUCCAACUUGUUUACCUCCUUUCUUCCCUCACCAUCCUCCCUCUCCCACAGACAGUCUCACCCACCCAAGAAGCUGACUGUGUCCAGUUGGCAGAGACUAUCCAUCCACUGGGCCAGAUCCUGAAUCCUGGAUGGAGGCCCAGAGCCUCAGCUCACACCAUGGCAACAGGCACCCAGCUCCAUGUCUCAACUCCCCAUCCCCACCAGCCUUCUCUUCUUAGCUUUCCCCAUCUCCCUUGGGACUCUCCACUCACUCACCUACACAGUAGGUACCUCUAGCUUCAGGGACCUCCCGAGACCCUUAGCCUCAUUCUAGCCUCUCUUCUCCAGAAACCUUCUCAGUUCCCAGUCUGUUCCUCUCUGUGAAAUCAUUGAUCUUCUCUCCUCAUCACCUGUUCUUUCCUUUCUCCUCUACCACAGAGCCCAGGGUAGUCUCUCCCUGACAUUCCCAACCUCCUGUAGUCACCCUGUCUUCCUUUCUCUGACCCCUUUUCCUUCCACCCUUCUCACUGUGACUCACUGGAGUUUCAAUUUACCUUCUCUGACCUGUUCUCCCCAAAGAUUACUGCAUCCCUUUCCUUCCAAAAGCUUCUCCUGAUACCUCUCCCCACCAAAUCCAAGAUCUGCCGCUGACAGGACAGAGCUGAGGUGAGCCUGGCUGUAGUCAUGGAAGGUUUUAAAACCACAUCUGAGUAAUGUAAGACAUAACCAUUGGGUGAAACUGGGGUAAAGGAGGGGUGCCUGGGUGGCUCAGUCGUUAAGCAUCUGC